AUGAUCCGUGAUCAGUGCAAGGCAUACUGUCAAUGCUCCUACUGCGCCAAUAACAAAGAGCGUCAAGCCAAUGUUGGAACUGGAUCUUUGCUUCCAAAGAAGGAGGGAUGCAGUAAAGAUGAGUUAUACCUGCGAACCCUGAACGAAAGCCUGCGUGCGAAGAGUCUUAUGGCCAGUUCAAAGAACGCACACCGAUUUAAACCUGAUGAAAUGUUGCAGAGCACAAGAGGUGAUAUGGCGAGGGCUGCAUUGACGGUUCCAGUACGUCGUCGUGAUCGUCUGCAAGAACUUCUCAUUCUUGAAAACAAAGAACGUACAAAGUUGGAACGUCAAUUACGACGCGACCGCCUACAAGCUGGUUUAACUGAUUAUGAUGAUGAAUACGGAAUGCGAGAUCAGGCAAUCAGCGCACAGGAUGAUCUCCUACACACUCUUACAGAAAAACGUGUCAGUCCAUCAGAAACGGCAGCAAAGGCUCAACCCGUGUGCUCCGCGGAGGAAGAUCUCCAGAGUGCAUUGCAGACGAUUAAGAAAAUUACCGAUGCUCACCCCACAGGAGCUCCCAAGAGACCACUUUCAACAGGAGAAAUUCGUGAACUGCGUCGUCUUGUGGAAACACAAGAUGAAAAGACAAAGAAAAUGCUUGCGGGUUGUACAGAACAACCACAUGCCUGCAACCAUUGUUUUUCUAUAAAUGCGCAGGGAAAACACCCCUGUGUGGUUCCUCCCCAAAUGUUGUUAAAGGAUUCACAACUUCCUUCUAUUCAUGGUACAACGACGCGACGCUUUGUAUACAAUCCACACCCAUACGGUUCUGGUGUGGUGUGGCUCCCACUGGAAGAGGCUGCGACCGCUGAGAAAGUUAAGAGUGAUAGUAGCAGCAGCAGCGGCAGCAGCCCCGCCUCGGAGAGAGAGGUGGCGAAUGAAUAUCAGUACCCGGGAAGUACAUACAAUCAGUACAAACACAAGACAGGGGCACCAACAAUGGCUGCAGAAGAAAGUGGAAGAGAAAGGGGAGUGGAAGCACCAUUGGCAAAUGGAGAUGUUGCGCAGUUAAAUGGGACAGCCACUAAGAAGGACAAGAGUUUGAAUGGGAAGAAUGGUUCGACAACGAAAGGAGCAUCAACAAAGGAACCGUUACCCUACAAGAGUUCCGCUGCAUUGUGGCGCACUACCAAUCAGGAUCGGGCGGCUCAAAUGCAAAGUUUCUUGGAUUUUAAGAAAAUGCAUGCAGAUGCUUCCCGUGUAUAUGCAGAGAGUGCAGUGAGACGACCAGCGGAGAGGAAUACAGCAGAUACUACUUCUCCUGCUGUUGCCGCCACUGGUUCUUACAACUGA